AAAGCCCGCCCAGCUCAAGCAGCUUCUUAAAUUGUACCUAACUUCCUAAAAGUGAAAGUAGACUUUCUCCAAAUCUUCAGUCUCAGCAAGCUAAUGUGUUGCAUCUUGUGAUAACACAAAAUGACAGCUAUUGAAGUCCAGGGAAACCCACAGACAUCGAGACCUUGCAGAUCAAUGAGUCUCUUUAACAAUAUCAAGUUGUUUGUGCUGUGUCACGGGAUGCUACAGCUUGCUCAACUCCUGGUGUCUGGCUAUCUGAAAGGCUCCAUAACCACCAUUGAGAAAAGAUAUGGAUUUUCAAGUCAGAAAUCAGGACUGCUGGCAGCCUUUAAUGAGGUGGGGAACACAAUUCUCAUUGUGUUUGUGAGUUUCUUUGGGAGCCGUGUGCAUCGACCGAGAUGUAUUGGAAUCGGAGCGAUGAUCGCAAGUGUGGGGGUGUUCCUUAUAGCCCUACCUCACUUCAUUAGCGAGAAGUACAUUUAUACAGACUUCAAUAGCAACACCAAAGACAACAGUUCUGGUCUUUGCAAAUCACUGAACAUCUUACCCGAGAAAGAAUCUAAGCAGACAUGUGAUCAAGAAAAGACUGAUUCUCACCUUGGAGUAUAUCCAAUACUUCUACUGGGCCAGUUACUGCUGGGCAUUGGCGGUGUCCCCAUACAACCUUUUGGGAUUUCCUACAUAGAUGAUUAUGCAGAAAAGAGGAAUUCUCCCUUCUACCUAGGCAUACUUUUCGCGAUUACUGUAAUUGGGCCGGCAUUUGGCUACAUGAUGUCCUCUGCGCUGCUUCGUUUCUAUGUUGAUGUUGAUAAGAUGUCUUCAGAUGAUUUAGAUUUGAAAAAUGAUGACCCCAGAUGGGUUGGAGCUUGGUGGUUGGGAUUCCUGAUAGCUGCCACCCUCCUUCUCCUGACUUCUUUGCCAUACCUGUUUUUUCCAAGGAAGAUGUCUAGAGAGGAAAUCGUAGAGGCCCCUGUUGAGCCAUCCACAGAAAAAAUGAUGGAGGACAAGAAGCCCAAAUCUGAAACAAAGGAAGAGGUGUCUCUCACUGAGUUCCUAAAAAGUUUCCCCAAAAUUGUAAUGAGGACUCUGAGGAACCCAAUUUAUUUGUUGGUAGUGUUGGCUCAAGUGAAUCUUGCUGCCAUGGUUGCGGGACUGGCCACUUUUAUGGGCAAAUUCAUUGAGAGGCAGUUUGCACAGACUGCCUCCUUUUCUAAUUUGAUGAUGGGUGAGUUAUUGAAGGAAAUCAACUAUGCCUUUGGUUUGGCGGUUUUUGUUAGCAUUAUGUUCGCAAUUCCACUUCUCUUCAUUGGCUGCCCCACACAAAGUGUUUCUGGCAUCAACUAUAAUUUAUCUUCCCAGCAGUGUAGCAAUGCAUGUUCCUGUUCUGAUGAAGCCUUCAACCCUGUGUGUGGCUCAGAUGGAGUGGAAUUCCGCUCUCCCUGUCAUGCAGGAUGUAAGACAGUAAUACCCAAUAAAGAGAAAGGUUUGAACUACAUGAAUUGUGAAUGUGUGGCAUCAAUUGGCUCUCCAGGCUCUGCGUUUCCAGGAUCAUGUGGAAAUAAGUGUUGGAAUCGGCUCAUUCCCUUCAUGAUCCUGUCCUCCAUUACAUGCUUUGUGGCUUCACUUUCCCACACUACAUCUUUUAUGAUGAUCCUCAGGACUGUGACUCCAGAAGACAAAUCUUUUGCCUUAGGAAUUCAGUUCAUGCUGUUUCGAGUGCUUGCAUUCCUUCCAGCUCCAGUGCUGUACGGCCGUGCCAUUGAUACCGCAUGCAUUCUGUGGGGAAAGAAAUGCAAUAAGACAACUUCAUGUAGCUACUACGAUUUAGAACUUUUCAGACACAGAUUCCUGGGACUCCAGAUAUUCUUUAUAUUUGGUGGUUUCGUCUGUUUUUUCCUGUCUUUUAUGGUGCUUAGAAGAACAAAUUCAGCGCAGGAACACAAUGAGAAAAUGAGCAAUCGGACCAAAAGUGAAAGUUCCCAAGAAAUGAAAGAUGCCAAACAGAUGUUGAACAAUUCUAAUGAACACAGCAAUACACAAAAUAUCCUUAGAGAGUAAAGACAGUAGUGAAAAGAAUUAUGGGAAUGUCUUUUUGUGGGGUGGAAGUUUAGUAAGGCUUAAGAAACCUGGAGUUUCUCAGCUUACCGUAAGCGCAACUACUCAAAUAGACCAAGUUUGAGACGGGGUGAAACCAGACUCUGAACACACACAUUUCUUCGAACAGUUGCAAAACAGCCAGACAUACUAAUGCAAGGAAAUAACGUCCACUUUAAAAUACAUGCUAUUGUUUAUGUAUUAUCUCUGCCAGUAAGCCUGAAAUAUUUUCUUUACUUAUCCUUGGAGUUUAUAUAUUUUGUCUGUGAGCACUCAGUUGUACUUUACACAUGUUAUAUGCUAAAAAUGUGAAAUUGUGAGUAGCCUUAUUUGAACUCACUUUUUAGUGUAGACAAAGAGCCAAGUAUGUUGAUUAUAAAUAGACUUUCUGUCAUGGUGUGAAUUCUGUGGUGACUUCUUUUUUGUUUUGUUUUACUGUGAUGUGUUUAUGACAAGUUUGUUAGUAA